UAGGUUUAAAAAAUCUCAUGGCAAAUGCGUUGGAUAUUGAUGUGAUGCGCUAUCGGUAUCCCGCGCUAUCCGGAACUAACCCCCAUUUAGAUUGUUACGCAGGUUAGUGAUGCUUAUGGAGUAAAUUAAAGUUAGCACUCUUUCAGCUUCCUAAAUUUUAAAUCCCCAAAGCAACUAAACAACUUCCCAUCCCCAUCAAAGACUCCAAACAUAUCUACUGCUUAACAUCGUUAGUACCCAUCCUCCCGAUUUCGGGGAAGCCGCCAUAGUAAACUUUCGGGAAACUUUAGUAAAUGGCACAAAAACCCCAAAAUUCCUCCAGAACUGGUAAAAUUCCCCUCUAUAAUCCCUUGUCGUAUCGUAGGACGCGAGGUGACCUUGUACUGACAUUUCAGUUUCAGUUUGGGAAGGACAGGAGGCUUGAUGGCCUGUGUUAGACCUGGCAAUAGUGUUCCCUCAGUUUAUCCAACUUUCUUUUGAAAGAAUCGUCGGAUGGAGCCUCAACCACGUGCUGAGGUAAUGAGUUCCACUCGACGAUUCGAUGGGAAAGUCGAUAGUCAGCUGACAAGUUGAUACAAGGAACGGAACAAUAAGUUUUCAUUUUCAAAUUCCAGUUGCUUAAGCAAUUUGAUUUGACUCGUGUCUCAGUGCUCCUUCUGUUCUAUAAAAUUUGAUCUUGGCUGUUGCCCAACAAAUGUCAGAUUAUGAUGAUGUUUUAUGUAGUUCUCUAAAACUCAAAUCUGGGCAAGGAAUAAAAAAAAAAAAGAAAAAGCAUAGCAAAAAGUUAGCACCAAACGAUCUCGAAGUGGCUGUCAAUACAUCUGAAGUGAAUUCAAACGAUGAAACUGUCAAGGAAGCGAAGAAUUCAAAGCCUAUAUAUGCAAAUCUAACUAAGUCUCAAGUAGAGUGGGAGAAACGUAGAGACAAACGUAUAUUGGAAUCUGUGCUGUCGAAGGCAGAUAAAUCGCAUAAACAAAGGAUAAUUGAAUUUAACAACUACCUGAGCACUCUCACUGAACACUUCGAUAUACAGAAAGUUUCUUGGACUAAAUAAUUUUCGAGUUCCACGCGUUAUAAGAUAUUCUGUAUAAUUUCAUAUAUUUAUCCACAUGUAUUUUGUCUCAGACUCUCAAAAUGUAAUUUCAUCGCUUCUUGUAAACAUUUGCGAAUUGUGUUUAACUGUAAUAAUAUAUAACUUAUUGCCUCAAUUUCAAUCAUCGGGUUCGAGCAUGGGUGUCACACAUUAAUAACAGGUAAGGGAUGAUGAUUUACCUUAUUUAUUACAUUCAUGUUCAUGUACUCUGUCACACAAACUGUAGCUCAAAGCUCCGAGUACAUAAAUCCAUACAUGGUUAAUAAACUAAAUCAUCAAUCGGCUUUGGGCCACGUCGUUUCUAUUGGGGCUAGUGAUACUAUCCCGUAACACAAAUCGAACUAGGCUGAUAAGUAUAUAAAAACGCUCACUGACUAAAAAUUGAGUAACCACUAUUCAACCACUUCACCGUUGCACUAUAAAGGUUAAUGUAGUUGUAAAAUUUCAACCAUGUUAUUUAUGUUCACUCCACUCAGGUACAGUAUAAUACGUACCAAACGAAUAAAUCGAGAAGAGUCUAGCGGCCAAAACAACACUAGGUCACUACUUUUGGUUUGCAUCAUGCAGAGAGAUUUAGACUAAUAAAAGAAACUGGAAUUCAUAAGUCCAGUUGAAGUGAGACUAUCUCGGAAAAAGACGACGCCCUCAUCUGCUCUCAGCCCAGACUUUUAGAACGAUGGGCUGAAUAUUUUAAGGAGCAGUUCAGCUGGUCUUCAGCUACUCUACAACUACCCUCCAUUCACAGACAGUGUGAAUGGAACAUUGAAGUAGGUCCCCCAACUCUAGCUAAAGUUCAAAAGGCCAUAGUUAAUUUGUUGCGAGGAAGGGCAGCUGGUCCAGAUGGAUUGGCUCCAGAGGUCUUUAAGGAUGGUGGUCCAAUUUUAGCGACUAGGUUGACUAAUAUUUUAGCUAAAAUCUGGGAGUUAGACGUUAUCCCAUCUAACUGGUCACAAUCACUUAUCGUCCCAAUAUAUAAGAGAGGGUCAUAAUUAUCCUGUGAAAAUAGAGGGCUUAGUUUGACUAACAGCACUUAAAAUACUAGCGUCAACAAUUAUCAGUCGCCUAAGAUUAGUAAACUACGAGCACGAAAAAAUCAGGCUGGCUUCAGACCUGGUCGUGGCUGCAUCGACCAUAUAUUCACCAUUCGUCAGGUUCUAGAACACAGGCAUACUUAUCGGCGUCCGACAAUGGUGGUCUUUCUUGGCUUAAAAGCAGCAUCUGACUCUGUAGACCGAGGGGUUCUGUGGAAGUGUCUGUCAUUGAAAGGCGUACCUCAGAAGUACAUAAACCUUGUGAAGGCUCUUUACUCGGACACUACCAGUCGGGUCAGAGAUUAUGGCGAACUGUCAUCUGCUUUUGCAAACUCAAGUGGUUUCCGACAAGACUGUCCGAUAUCUCCAUUUUUGUUCAACUUUAUCAUAGACCUACUGCUGAAAAUAACGUCGUCGACUAAAUUUUCAAGAAUCGAUCUUCCGGGAGGUUCAUUUGUCGACCUGGAAUACGCAGAUGAUAUAGUCCUGUUUGGUGAACACGUUGAUAAAAUGCAGUCUUGGUAGCGCUGAGCAACAAUACCAAUAUGUUUGUAAUGCGCUUCUCUCCCUGUAAAUGCAAGUUGUUGCUUCAGGAUUGGUCUGCGUCAACACCUGAAUUAAGGAUAGGGAGUGAAGUAGUCGACAACGUAACUAAUCUUGGAAGUCUUAUCAGCUCUAAUGAGUUGGUGUCUGCCGAAAUCUCUGCAUGUAUUAAGAAAGCUCGUUCGGCUUUCUCCAACUUACGUCACCUGUGGCGAAAACGAGAUAUCCGUCUAUCAAUAGAAGGACGAGUAUACUGCGCGGCAGUUCGUUCUGUCUUACUUUACGGCUGCGAAACGUGGCCAUUAAGAGUUGAAGAUGCCCGUAAAUCAGUUGAUGAGGUUGUUAAUCUUCAUCGACUGA